AAAGAGGGAGGAUAGUGGGAAAAAGUCAGGGAGUCUUUAAGAUUUAAAAGUGAACAUAAGAAAUAUCAGUAAGGCUUCGUUUUAAGAUCCGUUUUCAUUCAUUCUCAGACGAUUUGACUUCAAUAAAACAAACCCGGCAAAGUUUUUAAAUCAGUCCAGCUACCACAAAGCAUCUGCAGCAAGCGAAGUGUUUACGUCCAAGUGCUUUUAUUUUGAAAUUCCACAUUUCCGGCGACUGUCUUGGAAAUCUUGCUGUGGUCGCUGCCUUCACACUGCUUAUCAAGACUUGGGUCCGACAUCGCCUCUCUCGCCAUGGCAGGUUUAGGAGCCGGAGGCGGGGGCAAUGAUGUGCAAUGGUGCUUUUCGCAAGUAAAAGGGGCGAUCGAUGAUGACGUAGCCGAAGCCGACAUCAUCUCUACUGUGGAGUUCAACCACUCAGGGGAGCUGCUAGCCACAGGGGACAAAGGCGGUCGGGUUGUCAUCUUUCAACAAGAGACCGAGAACAAGAGUCAGUCACCGUGCCGUAGUGAAUACAAUGUUUACAGCACAUUUCAGAGCCAUGAGCCUGAGUUUGACUACCUGAAGAGCUUGGAAAUCGAAGAAAAGAUUAACAAGAUUCGCUGGCUACCACAGAAGAAUGCUGCACAGUUUUUGUUGUCUACAAAUGAUAAAACUAUUAAGUUGUGGAAGAUUAGCGAACGAGACAAGAGACCAGAGGGAUACAAUCUUAAAGAGGAGGACGGCCGCUAUAGAGAUGCUACUACUAUCACAACUCUACGGGUGCCAGUAUUCAGGCCUAUGGAUCUCAUGGUUGAGGCCAGCCCACGCAGGGUCUUCGCUAAUGCCCAUACCUAUCACAUUAACUCCAUCUCGGUCAACAGCGACAAUGAGACCUAUCUGUCUGCCGACGACCUGCGCAUCAACCUAUGGCAUCUAGAGAUCACAGACCGCAGCUUCAACAUUGUGGAUAUAAAGCCAGCGAAUAUGGAGGAGCUGACGGAAGUGAUCACAGCCGCUGAGUUCCACCCUCACCAAUGCAACACUUUCGUCUACAGCAGCAGUAAAGGCACCAUUCGCCUGUGCGACAUGCGGGCAUCAGCACUUUGUGACAAGCACUCUAAAUUGUUUGAGGAACCAGAAGACCCAAGCAAUCGCUCUUUCUUCUCCGAGAUCAUCUCCUCCAUCUCUGAUGUCAAGUUCAGUCACAAUGGCCGCUACAUGAUGACCAGAGACUAUCUGUCUGUCAAAAUCUGGGACAUCAACAUGGAGAAUCGACCUGUUGAGACAUACCAAGUUCACGAGUACCUCAGGAGUAAGUUGUGCUCGCUUUAUGAGAACGACUGCAUCUUUGACAAAUUUGAAUGCUGCUGGAAUGGGAAUGACAGUGUGGUGAUGACUGGAUCCUACAACAACUUCUUCCGAAUGUUGGACCGCACCCAGCGAAGGGACGUCACCCUGGAGGCCUCGCGCGAGAGCUGCAAGCCCCGUCAGGUUCUGAAGCCUCGCAGGGUGUGCGCGGGCGGCAAACGGAAGAAGGAUGAGAUCAGCGUGGACAGCUUGGACUUCAACAAGAAGAUCCUACACACCGCCUGGCACCCGCAGGAAAACAUCAUUGCCGUGGCAACCACCAACAACCUCUACAUCUUCCAGGAGAAAUGAAACUAAUACUGUCGGUCGCGGGGAAAGAAAAACUCCGAACCUCUGUCUAUGUGAAAAAGAGAAACUAGCAAAAAUCAUUUCUGUGACAAACACCAUCAUCACAUACCAACCUCGGCCUACUCCAGGACAGGAUGAACUAGUGAAGCCGGCUAGUGGCUGCCAAUACUGAAUAAACUGGUUCAAACUGGUCUGGAGAGGGUGCGACCUGGCUCUGGCCUCAGUGGCACCGUGAUACGCGCCUUGCUCUGGUGACGUGCCAACCUCUGUCUGUACCCUCCAUCCUUUUUCCCUUUACCCAUAAGUCCGAGCCCAGGGACGAAAUGGGCGGCAGGUUCCAAUCUUUGAAAGAUUUCAACUAUAGUUUUUUUUUUCUUUUCUUUUGUUUUUGUCUUUGGUUUAUCAAGGUGUCUGUAUAAAAACUAAUUUGAACUCA